AAUAUGUAAGCCAUUAAGACAGUUGUCAUUACAGGGGCUAAUAAAGGUAUUGGGUUUGGCAUUCUUGAAAAUCUCAUUCAAAAAUAGGCAUAUAGAGUCAUUAUGGCUUGUAGAUCUAUUGAAUUAGCCUAAAAGUCUAGAACCUAAUUGAUUGAAAAAUACAAUGUAUUACAUCAUUUUUAUUUUUUAUUAGCUUUCCCAAGACAGAAUAGACACUAUCGAAUUAGACAUCAGUAAUAGUGAUAGUAUUGACAAAUUCAUAAAGGAAUUUACAACAAGAUUUCACUAAGCUGAUAUCUUGAUUAACAAUGCUGCAGUAGCAGUAAAAUCAGAUGAUUUCAAUCUAGAAAUUGUUCAAUUCACCUUUAAACCUAAUUUCUAUGGCACAAGUAUCAAUAUUAAUUAAAAUAUUCUUUAGUCGAAUUAACUGAGAAAUUCCUUCCUUUGUUGACUCAAAAUGGAAAAGUCAUCACAGUUGGAUCUUCUGCUGGUAAAACAAAAUAUUUGAAAUCUGAUGAUCUCAUUAAAAGAUUCAAAGAUCCAAAUAUAACUAGAGAAGAUGUUUUCAAGUUGGCUGAAGAAUUUUAAAAACAUGUUUCUGAUAGUAUUUUAUUUUUUUAUAAUUUAGAUACAUAUGAAAAAAAUGGAUGGCCAAGUUGGGGAUAUGGAAUCAGCAAAUUACUUAUCAAUACUUAUGUCAGAACUUUAGCCUAAAAUGCUGAAGUUAAGAAUAAGAAUUUAUAAGUUUACACAUGUUGUCCUGGAUGGGUUAAAACAGACAUGGCUGGAGAUGAAGCAGAAUUAACAAUUGAUCAAGGAGCAUUGACACCUGUUUAUUUGGUAGAAUUACCACAUGAAGUGAAUCCAGAUUAUUAAGGAUAAUUCUUCUAUCUUUAGAAAGUAGAAGAAUUAUGAUAUUAUUAAAUCACAGUUAAAAGAAUCAAGAAU